CACCUUUAUUCUCUUUCAAAGUGUUCCAUUGAAAUCAAAAUUGACCUGCAAAAAUUAAGAAGGAGCUCAUAAUCCUCUCCUAUGGAAAACCUUAUAAUUAUUUUCCUUUUUUUUCUGCCAUUCUCAUCAGCUUAUACACGUCCUAACGAGCACUUCAUCAACUGUGGGUCAGAUUUCAACUUCACCGGAAAUGACGAUCGGAACUUCGUCGGUGACCGCUACGCCGGCGUUUCUUUCUUUAGAGGAAAAACCGGCACUAAACGAGAAACCACCUCCUCCGUAUCCCAACUUUAUCGGACGGUGAGAAUCUAUUCACAGCCAUCGUUUUACGAGUUCAUAAUCAAAACAAGCGGCACUUACUUUGUACGUCUCCAUUUCUUUGUUCCUUCAUCUUCUGAUAAUCUGUACAACGCUAAAUUCACCGUUUUAGCUUCAGGGUUCGAGCUUUUAUCGAAUUUCUCCGUCAAAAAUAGCCCUGCCGGUUCGCCGGUCAUCAAGGAAUUUUUAGUCAAUAUCGAUGAAGGAAGAUUCAAAAUCAACUUCAUACCUUCUCAAGGUUCAAACAUAGCUUUUGUAAACGCCAUUGAAGUGUUUCUAGCACCGGAAAGCUUCGUCCCCGACACCGCUCCCCUCGCCGGACGUCGUCGAGGCUCGUUCGACGGUUUACGGUCUCGGGUUUUACAUACAGUCUAUAGGAUCAAUGUCGGAGGGGCUACUAUUACAACAGAUGAAGAUACACUGUGGAGGAACUGGAUACCUGAUGAUCAGUUCUUGUCUGAUCCGACAAGUGCUAAGAACAGUUCGUUUUUCAGUGGUGAACCUGCAUACACAUCUGGUCGUGCCAACGAAUACACUGCCCCAAGCCUUGUUUAUAAGACUGCAAAGGAAUUGAAUGUAGAAGAUAACACUAGCAGGCAAUUUUUCAAUAUAACGUGGAGUUUCAAUGUGAGUAAAAGUUCAAGACACUUUGUUAGGUUCCAUUUUAAUGACAUUGUUAGUUCAUCAAUUGAUUCUGUCAAGUUUGAUCUUUACAUUUACGAUAAAUUUGACAAGCUGGUUUAUCCGUAUAACGAAACCGGACAGUUAGAGGUUCCGUUUUACUUCGAUUUCGUGGUGGAUUCGGACAAAUCCGGGGUCAUGAACGUAAGUGUCGGCCCUCGGAAUGAUUCCGAGAAUCAAAUGGCGUUUUUGAAUGGGAUUGAAAUAAUGGAAUUCAUGAAGGAAUCCAGUUUUGUUGUGCCCGAAGAGAGGUCUAAAAAAAGGACUAAUUUAGUUCCUAUAGUUGGCUCUGUUGUUGGGGCUGUUGUAUUUGUUGUUGGUUUUAUAGUGGCAAUGGUUAUGUUCUUGAAAUGCAGGAAAAGAAAGCCUUUGUCUGAAAAAACAUCCAACAUGUCUCCUUUGGAUCUUGCUCUUAGAAUAUCUUAUUACGAAAUCGAGCAAGCAACGAAGAAUUUCGAUUCUGGUUUAUUGAUCGGAGAAGGUGGAUUUGGGAGAGUGUACGAAGGUUUGUUUCGUGGUAAGAAAGUGGCUGUUAAAAGGAGCGAACCAGGACAUGGCCAAGGCCUAUUGGAAUUCCAGACAGAGAUUGUUGUCUUGUCCCGAAUCCGGCAUCGGCAUCUCGUUUCUUUGAUUGGUUACUGCGACGAAAGAUCGGAAAUGAUAUUGGUUUAUGAGUUUAUGGAGAAGGGUACUCUUAGAGAUCAUCUAUAUAAUCGGAGUUCCGAUGUUGAGAAACCGUAUUUUGCUCGGUCCGACUUGUCUUGGAAGCAAAGGCUUGAAAUCUGUAUUGGUGCAGCAAAAGGGCUUAAUUAUUUGCACACCGGUUCGGAUGGUGGAAUCAUUCACCGCGAUGUUAAGUCCACGAACAUCCUACUCGAUGAACGGUUAGUAGCCAAAGUUGCCGAUUUUGGAGUCUCGAAAUUUAACCUUCCGGAUGCAGAACAUAGUGUUGAUGUCAAAGGAACGUUGGGUUAUCUCGACCCCGAAUACUUCUUAUCGCUGCAAUUGACGGAUAAAUCCGACGUGUACUCUUUCGGGGUCGUACUUCUCGAAGUACUUUGUGCGAGGCCAGCGGUUAUGGCAUCGAAUAGGAGGGAAGAAGUGAACUUAGCUGAAUGGGGAAUGCUUUGGUUGAGGAAAGGUCAACUCGAGAAGAUUAUCGAUCCAAUGCUAGUUGAUACAAUCAACCCCAACUCGUUGAGGAAGUUCGUCGAAACAACUGAGAAGUGUUUAAGACCGUCCGGUAACGAAAGACCGAUGAUGCGGGACGUGUUGUGGGACUUAGAAUACGCAUUGCAGCUUCAGUUAAUUCCGAUGAACAAUGGAACAUUCGACGACAGUACGACUAAUGCUUCCUUAGAAUUCUCAAUGAUGCCGGUCCUCCAUCGGUUACCUUCAAAUAGCUUCCCGGCCGUUGAGGAAGAAGAUGCGACCGUACUAUCCGUUGAUGCUUUUGAUGUAACUGCUAGCGACGUAUUCUCAUUAUUGAGUGUUGGUGAGGCUAGAUAGUCUCCACUGGUUUAAAUGUUGAUAAACGCUACAGUUUGUAAGUACUAUUCUUUUGGUAAAAUGACCUCUCCGGUCCCUCUCAAUUCCAAUAUCAAGCAAAUUAGUCUCUCUCAAAAAACUUGAACAAUUUUAUUUUUGUGAAUUUUGAAAAUGAGCAACUAAGCACCAUUAAUCAUAUCAUUAAUUUUUUCAUCAA